GACCAUGAAAAUGAUGAGGUCGUUGCUUUUGAUUCCCUUGUUGUUAGUGGGCUCUGUUCAUGCCUUCUCGACUGUGAGAACAACAAGAGGACUGGCCACGGAAAUUCGGCGAGAAGGUUCAUUUCGAGUUAUUCCCACGGCUACCCAAAGUCAUGGACCGAAAGGAGUGAAUGUCCCUUUACAACUCUUUGCCACAACAAGAGAAGAUGACAUUAGCAGCCCACGAAAACAAGGCAAGCUGCGAUGGAUCCGAAAUCUGUUUGCACGACGCCCUCGAGUACCUGUGAAAGCAAAACGAUUGUUUUCGGCAUUUUUUGUAGCCAUGGCCCUUUUUAUGAGUGGCAUGUCGCCGGGACCAGCACACGCGGCCUCUCCCUUUGCUGUUAAGUUUACUGGCAUGGAAGUGGUCGCUCGUGGUCCCGAGUGGUCUUCUGCUGGUGGCAGCUUGGAUGCUUCCUCCGACAUGUUGUCUCUGGCCAUGCAAAAACGACAGGCUACCCUCAGCCGACAGCAGGCUUUAGCAGCGGUAACUGGUCGAUCCAGUACCGCAAUGAUAAUGGCGGCUAGCAUGGCUGCAGCAGUAGCAGUGCCCACUGGAGUCAGUGUCGCCUUGUUUCGCAAGGCAGAUUCCAAUGAGAAAGUGGUUGACGAGCUCAUGUUGAAACAAAAGGAGUUGAUUGAUCAAGUUUCCACACUGUCGCAAGCAGUUGCCAGCAAUGAAGAAGAGGCGGGUGGACCAUACGGAAGCCUGGGAUCGGAACUUUUGUUCUUGGCCCUUUCUGGUUUGUCUGCCUAUGCCACCUAUUUCGUGUCCAAUCCACCCGAGUAAAAAAGUGCAUACCUACACUAUAAUCGGUACUCAAGAUCAGGCAAUUGCUUGAAGCUGCGUCAUGGGCAGCAAAACAGCACCAUAGAAUCCCAGCAUUCAUUGAGCGCAGAGACAAGGCCAAUGAUCGAAGAAAGAGCUGAAUGCUGGGGCAUUCACAACAACCAUGUACAACAAACAUACACAGCGUACCGAACUUACCAAAAGGGAGCAAAGAAGCCAAUACUCCGGGUAAAGUACCAUACCGUAGAUUACUAAAAUAAAAAGAACUUGUUGCACAAACACUUGGGACAUGGUCUCCCCACUAAUAUGCAAUUUGUGUGCUUCCAGAUUGAACUGGCCAGCUAGCUAGUGCAGUCAGGAACAAGCCAGCAUAUCACGGGCAGCCCUGAACAGAAAUUGACUUUCCCAGAGAGCCGGCCUUGAUGCUCACUUCCUAGCUCGAUAUGCAGCAACAAUUAUAAAAGCUUGCUAUAUCCUACUACUAGUUAGCUUUGGUGCCUUACCGCCGUCUGGAUCAACACCCAACGUUGUGUUGGCUGUUGGGCAGAGCUCAGCCGUACCAUCGAGGCAGAGCCGAGUGGAGCUGCGAAGAUCAAGGCGAUCAAGCACGAGGUUUUCCGAUGACG